AAGACACUGCUUUUUCUACCUUCAAUUCUUUCUUGCUUUCAUUCAAAGCAACACACACAAACAGAGGUUUUUAGUCUUAGUCUCUUAGCAAACAGGGGCAACCUGAACUUAAUUAAGAACACAACACAACCAUGGCAAGGAACAUGACCACUCUCCUCCUUGCGCUUCUUGCAGCAACCACCUUGUUCCACUCUUCAUCAGCUCAGACCAGACACGUUGUGGGUGAUUCCACCGGCUGGACCAUCCCUACCAGCGGCGCUUCAUUCUACACCAACUGGGCUGCCAACAAAUCUUUCUGCGUUGGCGACACUCUCGUGUUCAACUACGCAGCAAGUGCACACAACGUGGAGGAAGUGACAAAGGAAAAGUAUGAUUCUUGCAAUUCAACAUCUCCAAUUGCAACUUACACCACCCCACCUGUGACAGUGACCAUUAACAAAACCGGUGCUCAUUACUUCAUCUGCGGCGCUCCCGGCCACUGCCUCGGCGGUCAAAAGCUCUCCAUCAAUGUCACCGGUGGCAGCAGCACCGCCCCUCCUCCUUCCUCCACCGCUACUCCGCCUUCAUCAUCCACCACUCCUUCACCAUCAUCCACCGUUACCCCUCCUCCUAAGGACUCCGCCGCCAUGUCUCUCAGUGCUGCCGGAGUGGCUGCCAGCACGGUGAUGACAAUGGCCGCGGUUUUUUUCUUCUAGAGAGAUGAGAGAUCGUAGCUUGUAUGAUUGUUGUGUGAUUCAUUUUGUUGCUCUUGUUAUAUUUCAUCUCACUUUUUUUUUGGUUAUACAUUAUACAAUAAAUUUUGAUUUUUCAGUUCGACUGCAACUUUGUUUUUAUCU